AUUUCAAAAUGGCGACCACGAACAGGCCAUAACUUAACAAAAGUUGCACAACGAAGAUUGUCGGAAAAAGAUCAUAGUAAGAGUGAAAUCGCUUUUGAAUCAUGGCAGCAGCACGGGCAGCUCUUAGUUUUGUGGAAAAAGCAAUCAAGAGCCACAACGUAGUAGUAUUCUCUAAGACAACUUGUCCUUUUUGCAUAAUGGCAAAGCAAACUUUAUCGGAAGCCGGCAUUCAGAAGAUGCAAGUUUACGAAAUUGAAACAAGGGAAGACGGUGCAGAUAUCCAGGAAGCUUUGAAAAGUUUAACAGGAAGAAGCACAGUGCCAAAUGUUUUUAUUAAGGGCACAAGUAUUGGUGGCGGGUCAGAGACUGCAGAAUUAUACCAGUCAGGACGACUCACAGAAAUGUUACAAGAACAAGGAAUAAUUAAGUGAAUAUAUCUAUUAAAUUUUAAAUGACUACAUGAACCUGCUCAAAGAAAGAAGGGUAGAUGAGAGUAUGAAUUAUCUUCAUUGUUGUAAUUUCUGUCAGCUUAAUGACAAGAAAAAAAAUGACAACAGUGGAUCAAUAUGGACUAGAAGGGAGUAACAUACCAAGCCAUAUUUGACAUGUGGAAAAAGGAUCAAAAUUUUUUUUCCUAUUCAAAGAAUUGGAUGGUGGUCCCUAAAGCAUUCAGUGUCCUUUUUCCAGGUUUUUAAUAAAUUGAAAUUGUAUUGUUAUUUCUCUUUUCUUAUGUACUGCCCAGAUUAACAAUGUCAUUUGCAUCAUGUCUGUUAAGUCAAAUAAGAAAUCAAAUAUGAAAUCAGGUUUCAGCUCCUUGAUGUAGAAGUGACCAGCAUCAACACAGUGGCAAAAUGAGUGCCCAUGCUUGUAGCUAGUGAGAAAUUUACGCGAGAAAUGGAAUGGGUUGACAAUGUAACACUAUAGUAACACUAUCAAGGCAAAAUGGUGGCAUUUUUAACAUUUCCAUUGCUUGUUUUCAUUUUACAAGGAUAGGCCUAAACCAAAAUGAACCUUCUUAGUUAAAAAUCUCUCUCAACAGAAAUGUAUUGUUGCAACAGGUGUGAAUUUAGUGACUGAGGUUGAGCAGCCAUAACAUGUCUAUGAAGUUUGUAGCACACGCUUUUGCUUUAUCACUUCUUGUCAUUGCCUCCUCAGUAGUCAAAGCCCCCAGAGAAAAAGUUUUUUUAUCUGGUAGAAAAACCACCACAACUUAAUUUUGAAGAAGAAUCAAAGCUCAUGGAAAACGUAAAUGGCUUCAAGUAGAGGUGCAUACAUACUCAUUUUGCUGCUGUCACUGACAUCAACAAAAUAUAUAAAUGCUCAUCUUCACAGACUUUAUUUCCAUAAUUUGCUCUAAAUUUUACUUUAAGUUAGUAAUCCAAUAUGCAUGCAACCAGCAUAACACAAAACAUACAUCUACAUGUUUUGUUAAUUUUAAAACUCAACUUUUUAGUCUUAAUUACUUACAUUAAUAACAUUAAACCAGCGUUUCCUAAGUCAAAAAAAAUCUACAGCUAUAAUCAACAUUAAUUUACAACCAAGAUACAAAACAAAACUCAUACAAAAAAUAAAUCACAUUCCUAAUUAUAUAUUCAAAUGAAAUCCAGUAUUAAUUUCAUUCAGGUAGAGUAAUAAGUAAUUUGUUCCUGUUUCAUUACAUUGUAAUGAUUUAACUUUACUUUUGUGUGAUAAUAUAUUAUGUUACUCUGUAAUUUAUUACCCAUAAAUCUUAAAAAAAAUUGAAAUAAGUAUGAAUUAAUAACAUUUACCUAACAUAUAUUAUUUUCCUUUAAAGAAAGGUUCAACCAAAAUUGGUUAAUCUGGUAUUGUUGUACUUAGCUUUUUCAUUCUUGAAAUAUUCGUAAUAUAUCAUAACCACUCUCAAGUUUAGGAAGUAAAUUAAGAAAUAUAAAGGAAAAAGUCAACACUAUAAUUUCCAAGAAAUAGUCAUUGAUUAUUAUUGCACUGUAAAAUCUAAUUUUUUUAAUUUUUCCAACUGUUCAAAGGGUCAAUUUGAACAAUGCCAGGUCUGAUAUUUACUCAAAAGCACCUUAAGGCAACUGCAAAAAGUGAGUUUAAAAACAAACACAAGGAAAAACUUUUCUGAGGCCAGCUCUCGUCAUUAACUCAUAAAAAAAACAGUAACUACUCAUGUUCAUCAAAAUGCUACCAAAGCUGUAGUACUAAGGAAAACAUUUAUAACAAUUUUCAGCAAACACUACCUGAUCCGAGCAAUUACUCAACUACAACAGUAGCAUAAUAAGUUUAAAGGCCAGCCUAAAACUUUGCAUCAUAAUUUCAACUCUUAUUUUCAAAUUUUCAUGCAUUGCAUUUGCUGCUUUCAAACUGCAAAACUUCAUAUUACAUUGUCUCUAAAUUCCUCAUGCAUGGCAUUUACUGCAUUCAAAUUGCAAACAUUCCUAACAAACUUUGU